AUGGAAAAAGAAAAUGCAUCAGGAAAAUCAUCACAUUUACUGCUAUUUUUAUCAUCACCAUCAUUUUCAUCACCACUUAUGACAGCAUCAACCGCACACACGAAUUUCGAAGAGGAAUCGAUCGAAUCUUCAAAAGCCUUUAAUACAAGCAACGCAGGCAUUGCGCAUUUGCCUAUCGAUCAAGCAGCACCAGUAGUGCAAGCCUCAGAAACAUUAGCAUUGGAUGUACAUUCUGGAGAGAGCACGUCGCAGCUCUAUGCAUCAUACUUUGCUGCUUCAACAACAUUACAACAAGCGCAACAACAACAACAGCAGCAGCAGCAACAACAACAACAACAACAACAACAACAACAACAACAGCAACAACAACAACAGCAACAAUAUUUACCAAGCAAAGAAAAAGAAAAGCAGUGGUGUACGGAAAGUGAACCACGUGUUGUUACAAAAAGUAUGUUUGGUUCAUUGUCUCGUUUGGCUGGUGAUGCAUUUAAGGGUGCGAAGCAAGCUACUGAGCAAUUUGCGCAAGUUGCGCAGCAUGCUGCUUCCACUUCCGACUUGGCAACGAUCACCAAGCCAAAAUCUUCGCAAAAGGUAUUAUCAUUGUAUCCGAUAUCUUCGAGUUCAUCUCUUCCUGAAAAUGAUUUAUUGCCUGGUUUGAGCGAUUUGUCAGAGGAAGAACGUCAAAAAAUCAUGGCGGUAAUGGCAAGCGCUGAAUUAGAUAUGGCAUCAACUAGUGUGUCUGGAUCAUCAGCUCCAGUCAAAAUAUCUGUUUCGCAUACAUUGGAUUCAUUUUUCAAGAAUGAGGAUCGAAGAGGUCCCAUAAGUAGUUUGCCGGAACAAUCGAAAGUGGAUUCCGUCUCAAUCAAUGAAGCAGAGUCGAAGUCAUCUGUUUCGAUGCCGCUUUUCUCUGUUUCCUCAAACAUUGUGAGUGAAGUGGACUUGUCAUGUUUGUCGCCAGCUGAACGAAAUCAAAUUAUCAGCGUGAUAAAAGCUGCCGAAUCCGAGGAAUCAAAUAUUAUUCCACCUGUGUCAUCAUUGCUUCCAGUGUCGACAACGUCACUUUCAAUUACGCCAGUUAAUGCGGGACUUUCACAAGCUGGAAGGGAAGAUGAGCAUUUCGAAGCUACUCAUGCGAUUUCAUCUCAACCUGUUUUGCAAAAUGGAACAUUAGAUCACACUAAAAGUAAUGAAUGGCGUCAGGAUAAAAGUUUUGAAAAUACUGAUGAGCAGGAUAUGGAGAAUUAUAAAAUCUUUAUGGAAUCAUCUGCUACAUCUUCCAUCAGUGUGACACUACCGCAAAUUGAUAGUGAUUACCCAAUAACUGAGGACAGUAGCUGUGAUCUCGGUUCCACACAUCCAAGCCUUGUAUCGAGUAUUGUCACUGGAACUGAUAUCCAGGAAACAGAUAUUCCAUCAGCACCUGGAAGUAGUGAUUAUGGUAGCGCCGAUUUUGAUUAUACUUAUGGAGAUGAUAGGAGGUUUAUAUUUGAUGGCGUCAGCCAGCUGGAAGAUUCUUCGAAAGAAAAUCAAGAUAUGGACAGUGGUAUUGGAGCUAUCGAUUGGUCGGAUCAGGGGCAUUAUGAAUGGACUGAACAGAAGCCCCGAAUGUGGACAACAGUUUUCACCGAGGACGAAGAAAAAAAUGAUACAGACAUGAAAAAAUGUGAAAAUAGAGCAGAAAAUUAUAUACGAGAAGCCGAUUCACAUCAAGAAAAACAAACCAAUGCUUCUGAGGACAUUAUUAAGGAAUCAGAUGAUACUACUGAAGAAAAUGUAUAUAAAUUAAAUACGACUCAAGAUAGUGAUGAACGAUUUUUCAUCAGUACUGACAAUCUUUCGGAAAAGGCUUUAGAAUCGCAGACCUGCACUGCUGAACAUGAAAUACUGAAAACUGCACACAUUAUGCGGAUUCCACCAGCAAUAACGGUAACUGAUCAUGAUGACGGGAUCCGAUUAGCAGCUGAUGACGAUUCCGAUGCUGAGACAAGUCCUUCUUCUGAUGAAGAUGACUAUCCCGAUCAGAUAAUCGAAGUACCCUCUGCACCACCAAUAUCGUAUGACGAAGUGGAGAAAGAGCAAGAGCAGCAAGAGGCAUUCGGGAAAGCUGUCCUGCAGCAAAUACAGGCUUUUGGAGAAGCAGCAAAUGAUGAAUUCGACGUUCAGUGGGUUCAUGAUAAUUUAAUUAGAAAUGAAGCGAUAAGCAAUGUCUUUGCACAGGACGAAAGUACAACACCAGCGGUGGCUUACGAUGGGAUCCUGUUAUCAGUCGAAACCGAACAAAAUGACAAAACAGCGAGUUUGAGUAAAGUUACCUCCGAGAGGAAAAACCCAUUCCUGGAUGUCGAUGAUAAUGACAGUCUACUAAAAGUCGUGGAAGAGGAUCCAUUGCAACCUGAUGAUGUUGAUUACACAGCUGCAGCUAACUAUUACAAUAGCCAGUCAUUCUUAACUCAUAGGCCUGGUUCGGUUUACACAAUUCCGGAGGAUAAAGAACAAGACGACGGACAAGUCAGUACCGAUUCGAAGUUCUACGCAAAGGAAGUGAUUCGCAGAAUACGCGCAGAACCGGUAAUUCUAAAAACAACUUCUAAAUCCACUGCGCUUAGUGAAGUAGCAACUGCAUUAAAUAUAGCUUCAACUUUGAAUCCUGCUCAAAAAUGCCGAGAUGUAACGACAACUGUCUAUAGUAGUGACUACUAUAGUCAGUUACAAAAGCGCCAGACUGAAGUUGCAAAACAAGCGUUGCUUCACAGUGCAGAAACAAAUGCAGUAACUCCUGCAGUUGAAGCGAAUGUGGAUAGUUUUGAAGCUUCAAGACAACUGGAACAUAUCACCGUAUCCUCAUCGACUGCACAGGAAGAGCCUUCUUCCUGUUUGCCCUCCGAUGGUAUUUCAUUAUGUAGCAGUGCUGUGGUCUUCAAUCUCUCUUCACAUCGUACUACAUCUGCCGGUUUCGAUGGCAUCCAAAAUGGGAAAAUCGAUGAAAUGGAAACAUUCACAAAUUUACCCACCAACAAAAAUGAUUCUGGAACUGAGGUAUUAAAAAUGAAUUCAGAAAUAACUCAACAUUCAAAAAGCGAAGCAUCAUCAAACACGACUUGUAGUACCUCAAGUUUUCAUCAGAUACUAGGACAACCAUUCAACUCAUCUUCCAACGCAAAAUCGCUAUCAGAGACGCUGGGAAGUGGACUAGAUUCGAAUGUUGGAACUAUGUUAUCUAGAUUUGAUGCUGAUCCGACAGCCUCAAGACUAAAACGAUCACCAGCCAUGAUGCUGAUGGGUGGCCAACAACACAACGUUCCUAGCACAUCGACAACUUCCGAAAUGUUGUCCAGUGCCUACAUGCCAACGUUGUUCUCACAGACCAUUCCAAAAGAGUUCAACUCAACUCAACUCAACUCAACUCAACCCAAUUCAACCCAACCCAGUUCAACUCAGCUCAACCCAACCCAGUUCAACUCAGCUCAACUCAACCAAUUCAACUCAGCUCAACCCAAUUCAACUCAUCUCAACCCGAUUCAACUCAUCUCAACCCAAUUCAACUCAUCUCAACCCAAUUCAACUCAACGCUCCCAACAAACACAACCAAUCAACCCAGCUCGUAUCAAAAUACUAGUGACAUUGACUACCGCUCGACAUCAACUCACAACUCAAAGAAAUUCACGACAGUAUUGA